UUUCGUUGUUAUUUCUGUUUUGUCUGGAUAUUUCGCAAAUCUCCGACGUAGCAGAAUAGCAAAAAAGGCUUAAGUUACAAAUAAACUUUGCCUUGCCCUUCUUCUCAGCUUUUGGAGGAGGAGGAGGGUGAUUUUCGAAUUUUAUUCCUGAGGAAAGUCCCUGCAUAGACGAUCAUGUACAUUAAACAGGUCAUUAUCCAGGGGUUCCGAAGUUACAGGGAUCAGACUGUGGUUGACCCUUUCAGCCCAAAGCAUAAUGUCAUCGUUGGCAGAAAUGGAUCUGGCAAAAGUAACUUCUUCUAUGCCAUUCAGUUUGUGCUCAGUGAUGAGUUCAGCCAUCUCCGUCCCGAGCAGCGUCUGGCCCUGCUACACGAAGGGACUGGCCCUCGUGUUAUCUCGGCUUUUGUGGAGAUUAUAUUUGACAAUUCUGACAACAGGCUGCCGAUCGACAAAGAAGAGGUGUCCCUCCGACGUGUCAUUGGGGCCAAGAAGGACCAGUAUUUCUUAGACAAAAAAAUGGUGACUAAGAACGAUGUGAUGAACCUGCUGGAGAGUGCUGGCUUCUCCCGUAGCAACCCCUACUACAUCGUCAAGCAGGGCAAGAUCAACCAGAUGGCUACUGCCCCUGACUCCCAGCGCCUGAAACUGCUCCGAGAGGUGGCCGGUACCAGGGUCUACGAUGAGCGCAAGGAGGAGAGUAUCUCGCUCAUGAAGGAGACAGAGGGCAAGAGGGAGAAGAUCAACGAGCUGCUGAAGUAUAUCGAGGAGCGUCUGCACACUCUGGAGGAUGAGAAGGAGGAGCUGGCCCAGUACCAGAAGUGGGACAAGCUGCGCCGGGCGCUCGAGUACACCAUCUACAACCAGGAGCUCAACGAGACGCGCGCCAAGCUGGACGAGUUGUCCACCAAGAGGGAGACCUGCGGAGACAAGUCCAGGCAGCUGCGAGACGCCCAGCAGGAUGCCAGAGACAAAGUCGAGGAGACGGAGCGUGUGGUGCGCGAGCUGAAGGCCAAGGUGGCCGCCAUGAAGGAGGAGAAGGAGCAGCUGAGCUCGGAGCGGCAGGAGCAGAUCAAGCAGCGCACCAAGCUGGAGCUCAAAGCCAAGGACCUGCAGGACGAGCUGGCCGGCAACAGCGAGCAGAGGAAACGUCUGCUGAAGGAGCGUCAGAAGCUGCUGGAAAAGAUUGAGGAGAAGCAGAAGGAGCUGCAGGAGACUGAGCCCAAGUUCAACACCGUCAAGGAGCGCGAGGAGAAGGGCAUCGCCAGGUUGGCCCAGGCCACCCAGGAGCGGACGGAUCUGUAUGCCAAGCAGGGCCGUGGUAGCCAGUUCACCUCCAAGGAGGAGAGGGACAAGUGGAUCAAGAAGGAGCUCAAGUCCCUGGACCAGGCCAUCAACGACAAGAAGCGCCAGAUCGCCGCCAUCCACAAAGACCUGGAGGACACCGAGGCCAACAAGGAGAAGAACGUGGAGCAGUACAACAAGUUGGAUCAGGAUCUGAACGAGGUGAAGACCCGUGUGGAAGAGUUGGACAAGAAGUACUACGAGGUGAAGAACCGCAAGGAUGAACUGCAGAGUGAAAGAAACUACCUGUGGAGAGAGGAGAAUGCUGAGCAGCAGGCCCUGGCUGCCAAAAGGGAGGACCUGGAGAAGAAACAACAGCUGCUCCGUGCUGCCACCGGCAAGGCCAUCCUCAACGGCAUCGACAGCAUCAACAAGGUGCUGGAGCACUUCCGCCGCAAAGGCAUCAACCAGCACGUCAUCAACGGUUACCACGGCAUCGUCAUGAACAACUUUGAGUGUGAGCCAGCAUUCUACACCUGUGUGGAGGUUACAGCGGGAACCAGGCUGUUCUACCACAUCGUGGAGACAGACGAGGUGAGUACCAAGAUCCUCAUGGAGUUCAACAAGAUGAAUCUGCCGGGAGAGGUCACCUUCCUGCCCCUCAGCAAGCUGGACGUGCGCGACACUGCCUACCCAGAGACCAACGAUGCCAUCCCGAUGAUCAGCAAGCUGCGCUACAGCACCAACUUUGACAAGGCCUUCAAGCACGUGUUCGGCAAGACCCUCAUCUGCCGCAGCAUGGAGGUGUCCACUCAGCUGGCCAGAGCCUUCACCAUGGACUGCAUCACUCUGGAGGGUGACCAGGUGAGCAGCAGAGGUGCGCUGACAGGCGGUUACUACGACACGAGGAAGUCGCGUCUGGAGCUGCAGAAGGACAUGAGGAGAGCUGAGGAGGAGCUGAGCGAGCUGGAGGCCAAACUCAACGAGAACCUGCGCCGCAACAUCGAACGCAUCAACAACGAGAUCGACCAGCUGAUGAACCAGAUGCAGCAGAUUGAGACCCAGCAGAGGAAGUUCAAGGCGUCACGUGACAGCAUCCUGUCCGAGAUGAAGAUGCUGAAGGAGAAGCGCCAGCAGUCCGAAAAGACCUUCAUGCCAAAGCAACGCAGUCUGCAGAGUCUGGAGGCCAGCCUGCACGCCAUGGAGUCCACGCGGGAGUCACUGAAGGCCGAGCUGGGCACUGACCUGCUGGCCCAGCUCAGUCUGGAGGACCAGCGUCGCGUCGACGACCUCAACGACGAGAUCCGCCAGCUGCAGCAGGAUAACAGACAGCUGCUGAAUGAGAGGAUUAAGCUGGAGGGCAUCAUGACCAGGGUGGAGACGUACCUGAAUGAGAACCUGCGGAAACGUCUGGACCAAGUGGAGCAGGAGCUGAAUGAGCUGCGUGAGACUGAGGGAGGCACUGUGCUCACAGCCACCACCUCUGAGCUGGACGGCAUCAACAAGCGCAUCAAGGACACCUUAGCCCGCUCGGACGACUUGGACGGCCUGAUUGACAAGACGGAGGUGGAGAUCAAGGAUCACAUCAAGAGCAUGGACCGCUGGAAGAACAUUGAGAAGGAGCAGAACGACGCCAUCAACCACGACACCAAGGAGCUGGAGAAGAUGACCAACCGGCAGGGCAUGCUGCUGAAGAAGAAGGAGGAGUGCAUGAAGAAGAUCCGCGAGCUGGGCUCCCUGCCACAGGAGGCCUUCGAGAAGUACCAAACGCUCACGCUCAAACAGCUCUUCCGUAAGCUGGAGCAGUGCAACACAGAGCUGAAGAAGUACAGCCACGUCAACAAGAAGGCCCUGGACCAGUUUGUGAACUUCUCCGAGCAGAAGGAAAAGCUGAUCAAGCGACAAGAAGAGCUCGACCGCGGCUACAAGUCCAUCAUGGAGCUCAUGAACGUGCUGGAGCUGCGCAAAUACGAGGCCAUCCAGCUCACCUUCAAACAGGUGUCUAAGAACUUCAGCGAGGUGUUCCAGAAGCUGGUGCCCGGCGGCAAAGCCACGUUGGUGAUGAAGAAGGGCGACGCUGAGGGCAGCCAGUCGCAGGAUGAGGGCGAGGGCGGCACCGACAGCGAGAGGGGCACCACCUCCCAGAGCAGCGUGCCCUCAGUCGACCAGUUCACUGGAGUGGGCAUCAGGGUGUCGUUCACAGGGAAGCAGGGUGAGAUGAGGGAGAUGCAGCAGCUGUCUGGAGGCCAGAAGUCUCUGGUGGCUCUGGCUCUCAUCUUUGCCAUCCAGAAGUGCGACCCGGCACCUUUCUACCUGUUUGAUGAGAUCGACCAGGCGCUGGACGCCCAGCACAGAAAGGCUGUGUCAGACAUGAUUGUGGAGCUGGCCGGCCAUGCCCAGUUCAUCACCACCACCUUCAGGCCCGAGCUGCUGGAGUCGGCCGACAAGUUCUACGGCGUCAAGUUUAGAAACAAGGUGAGUCACAUUGACGUGAUCUCGGCAGAGCAGGCCAAGGACUUUGUGGAGGACGACACCACUCACGGUUGAGAGGCCACCCUCGCUUUCUUGUGCCCUCUUCGCCCCCCUCUCUCUUUCUCAAACCCAAACCCACACCAACACUCAUCAGCUCUUGCAGGUUGUGUAGGAGCCCAUGGUUCCAUCUACAGAUCAGCAUGGAAAGGUAUUUUGGAGUUGGAGUGGGUACAUGUUCCGCAGCCCUAAAUCUGUUCUAGGAUCACAGGCCGCCACAGGGUUUGCCUGCAGAAUUGCAGAACUGUGUAUUUAGAUGUGGGUUUUUGGUAAGAUGACGGGAGAGGUUUGGGGAGUAGUCCUGUAAAGAGUUGCUUUUUUUAUUACAAAAGAAAAAAAACAUUUUAGCUUUUUUUUUGUCUGUCAUAUUGUUAGAGAUUUGUUUUUUGUUUCUUUUUUUUUUAAGAAAAAUAAAAUAAAUAAAAAGGCUGAGUGGCAUGAUUUUUCCAAGUUAGAAACUUGCUGUUGGCCUUGUGCUUCUGUCCAGUGGAGAUUGUUUCUUAAUCUGAGGUUAUCCACAGUUACAUUGGCCAUUUUUUAAAAAAAUGCUUCCAAGAGAUCUUUUUUUAAUCCCAUUUAAAAAGUGUUACAUUUCAAUGAGAGUAUCUGGGGGGUGAACAGACAGGUGAAAUGUGAAUAGAGCAGCACACCAUGCCUCCAUGUACAUACAACAGCUUUGUGUUACCCACAUUUAGGUUUCUGUUGGUAGUUGGUGACAGAAGUGUCUGUGAGAUCUGAAAACAUUCACUUAACCUUGUUUAAAAAGCCAUGAUUAUAAUAUCAGAAAAAAAAAUACCCCAUUAUACCCCAAUUUAAGCUACAAGUCAAACAUUGCCUUUUAUACUUCCGAUAUAAUACAUCUAUUGAUUUUUUUUUGUCUAGUACUUCUCUUGAUAUGUUUUUUAAAGAUAUAUAUUUACAUAUAUUGGUUGGUGUUUGUUCUUUUGAAUCAUUGUUAUGUUUACAAUGUCUUUGCAUUCCCUGUCCUAGGCCACUGCUGUAUAAUGAAGCUAGUUUAAAUCCUGUAUUUGUUUGAAUUUGUGUUAUUCUCUGUUAUUAAUUGGAAACAAUAAACAAACUUUUAAAAACUA